AUGAGAGCAAAGGCUUGUACCAAAUGCCGGCAAUGGAAAGCCCGGUGCGAGUACGGGGAGGAUGAUUCCGCCGGCUGCUCACGUUGUCGGGCGCUCAAGCUGCCAUGUGUCUUUGACGCGUCCUUCAAGCGAACCUCCAGGGCGAAAUCGCUUCAGAUGAUGUCAUCCAGGAUUGAAGAGUUGCAGGAAGCUCUGCGGGAGAAAUCACCGAGCAAUGGGUCUUCGAGUCAGACACGAGAGCAUAACGAAACACUGCCGCUGAAUGAUUGGUCACCACAAUUGCCUAGCAUCGUGAACACGAUCGCCGUAGCAGAGCCUCCUAUGCCAGAUCUUCAGCCGAUCCCGCCGGCGCCGUCCAUCAGCUCGGCAGGGACAACGUCCACAGGAUAUCGCACCCUUGGCAAUGUCUCUCUGACAUAUGGUCAGAUCAAUGAGCACUUCAAGACCUAUUUUGCCCGGUGUCACCAAUACCUGCCCUUCAAGAUGACAACUCACUCACCGGACCCCAUCUACACGAAAAGCCCGUUGUUGUUCUGGGUCAUUUGCACUACUGCGGCCAGCUGGAGACUCCGCUGCGAACUUGCCCCAGCGGUCAAAGCAAUGCUUGCAGAUUCCAUCUAUUCUUUUCCCCGCUCCGUUGAACAGGUACAAGCCCUCCUCAUCAUGUCCAUGUGGCCAUUUCCCGUCUCGUCGGUGAUGGAAGAUGUAUCUCAUUACUAUUGCUGUCUGGCUACCCAGAUGGCUCUCCACCUCGGAUUGCACCGUCCGACACAGACACACUUACACGAACAUGGAAUGGAGGAGCGAGAAAAUGCCCGAGCUGUCGGAGAAGAAGUCAAGACCACGACAUGGCUUUCCUGCUUCAUCGUGAACCAGAAACUCUCAGCUAUCCGCGGAUUGCCUCCAUCAAUUCUGAUCGACGUUCACUUGCUCAACGCAUUUGAGAAGAGAUCAAUCAAUGUAAGGCUCUCGCAGCUCUGCCGCAUCUUUCACGUCUUGAUGCAAGCGAAUCUCGCCAUCAGUGCCAACGGCUCAACUCCUUCCGGCAUGUUAGAACCUGAACAGCGCUUGAACACGAUAAAGAGCUGGGCAGAACACUUUUUAAUCCUUGAACAACAGCAUCUCCAGGGUAUGGAUAACGUCGUCAAGAUCGCCUUUCUGAGCUCAAGGUUACAGCUCUGGUCGUUUGCUCUCCUUGACGACAUGCCCGUCUCAUCAUCGCUCAUUGCAUUCAUCGACAACGCCAGACGAGAUGCCAGCGUUCUGAUCGAAUCAUGUUACAGCCAAAACUUAUCGAUUGUACCGGCAUGCAUACGCCACGCUAUGUGUUACAGUGCUUUCAUAUUGGUCAAGAUUCUCCGCUCUGGCUACAGUUCCGAGUCGGAAGUGCUUCAGGACGACGUCGAGCGAGUUCGCCAGGCACUGAGUACCACCUCCGGGACACCCGAUGACACUCACCAUAAGGCAUGUGAGACACUCCGAAGGCUUCUUUAUAUCGAAGACAAAAAGCUGUCCCCACCAAUCCAUACAAGAAUGGGUGCUUCAGUAGUUUACGAUCUGCUACGAAUUUACGCGGAAGACAAGUAUUGCAACGUACCGAACCAUGGCGCCGAGAAUCCGGUCAUUGAUCUUGAAGGUCUCGACUGGAACUUCCUGGAUAUGUUGGGAUAG